GGGAACUAGCUGCUACAUUAUUCGCUAACAUACAACACGGCAGAUUCACAAAGGAGUGUCUGCUGUUCCUGAUUUUCCAGCCCCUUUCAAUGGAUUUCCCAGCCUAACUUCAUCAACAGUGCAAAACUGGGAGCUUCUAAGCCAUAUGGAUGUGACGCCUUCAGAUAGCUCAGCGGUUAAGCACAGAGGAGAACCGUAUGUGUGUGAUCAGGGGACGAUUGAGGAGGAUGAAGUUCCUGAAAAUACUGAUACAGGUAAUAACCCGGUCACUGGGCUAUUAAAUGUGAAGGAAGAGGAUGAGACAGAUGACAUGAAUAGUCAUCAGACUGAAAUACAUUGGUCCCUCCCUGCCGAUGAAGAUAACCCUGAUAUAGUGAAAGUUGAGAUAACAGAAGAUCUGUGUGUGAGGUAUCAGUUGGGAGCCUCAAAUGAGGAAACCAGUGACAUUAUCUGUUCAGAUUAUUAUAAUCCUAGACAUGGCCAGAAUGCUGAUGCUUCUUGCAGUCGUUUUCAAAGUAAAAAAAGACACAUGAGAAAUGUAUGUUCCGAAUGUGGAAAAUGCUUUACCAGGAAAUCAAGUCUUGUUAAUCAUCAGAAAAUCCAUUCAGGAGAGAGACCAUUUUCAUGUUCUGAAUGUGGCAAAUGUUUUAUAGAGAAAUCAACUCUUAUUAAACACCAGAGCAUUCAUAAUGGAGAGAAAGCAUAUUCUUGUUCUUAUUGUGGGAAAUGUUUUAAUCAGAAAUCAACUCUUACUACACAUCAGAUAAUUCAUACAGGAGAAAAACCAUUUUCAUGUUCUGAAUGUGGAAAAGGUUUUAUUCGUAAAGCAGAUUUUCAGAAUCACCUGCUUAUUCAUGCAGGAGAGAAACCAUUUUCAUGUUCUGAAUGUAAAAAAUGUUUUAUUCGGGAAGCAGAUUUUCGUAAUCACCAGAUGAUUCAUACAGGAGAGAAACCAUUUUCAUGUUCUGAAUGUGGGAAAUGUUUUAACAGGAAAUCAAAUCUAAAAAGUCAUCAGAAAUCUCACACAGGAAAGAAAGCGUUUUCAUGUUCUGUUUGUGGUAAAAGUUAUGUUUGGAAAGGAGAUCUUGUUUAUCAUCAGAAAUAUCAUACAGGAGAGAAAGGAUUGUCAUGUUCUCAAUGUGGGAAAUAUUUUACCUGGAAAUCCGAUUUUAUUGCUCAUCAGAAAAAUCAUACAGGAGAGAAAUCCUUGUCAUGUUCUAAAUAGGUAAUUGUACUUUGAGGCAACAUUUCUGAGCUUAAAGGGAUAUUAAACCCCAAAAUUUUCUUUUAUAAUUCAGAUAGAACAUACAAUUUUAACAACUUUCAAAUUUACUUCUAUUAUCCAAUUUGCUUCAUUCUCUUGUCAUCCAUUGCUGAAGAGACAGCAUUGCACUACUGGCAGCUAGCUGAACACAUCUAGUUAUCCAAUCACAAGAGAAAAAUGUGUGCAGGCACCAAUUAGCAUCAGCUCCCACUAGUGUAUGAUAUGUGCAUAUUCAUUUUUAACAAGGGAUACUAAGAGAACAAAGCACAUUUGAAAAUAGAAGUGAAUUUAAAAGUGUCUUAAAAUUACAUGUUCUAUCUGAAUCAUGCAAGUUUCCUAUCCCUUUAACUAGUGCUUGAGAAAAUAUUAUUUUUUUCUAGAAGCAGGUGUUUAGUCAUAAAAGAUACCAGACAUAAAAGGGUGUGGGUUAUUUGUAUGUCCGGUAAACCUUAUCUCCCAGCCGUAUCUGGGCACAAUGGGGAGAGCAGGGGGCAGUAUGUGAUUGGCUUUUGCAUGUUUACAUUUUACACUGUGUACUGUAUAACAACCCUGUAUCUUGACCAUUAAAAUUAGUUACUCUCUACUGUA